AUGCCGUGUGAAAUGAAGCUACUGUACAUUGUACUCGUUACAACAUUAUGCAUUUCAUUCAAGCUUGAAGUUGUCGAAUCAAAGUCAAAGCCUCGGACGUUGGAUAAGGACCUCAGUGAUGCUCCACAUGUUCAUGACGGAGAGCAUAGUUCUGUAUAUGAUCACGAGGCGUUUUUGGGGAAAGACGAGGCUCAGAGAUUUGAUGACUUAACACCAGAAGAGAGUAAAGAAAAAUUAGGCCAAAUUGUCAACAAAAUUGACCAAAACGGAGAUGGUCAAAUAACUACUGAUGAGAUGGCAGCUUGGAUCUCCAAGGUAUCGAACAGAAUGCUUCUUGAAGAUACUGAUCGGACAUGGAGAGAAUACGGAUUAUCAGAUGGCGACAAGAUGUCAUGGGAGAAACAUGUCAAUGAGUUAGUUGGAGAAGACGGAGAAUACGAAGAUGAAGACGACGAAACAAAGAAGACACUUUUACAAAGAGAUGAGAGGCGUUGGAAAACUGCUGAUACUGAUGGAGAUGGAAAACUGUCAAAGGAGGAAUUCCUUGCAUUCCUUCAUCCAGAGCACGAACCGAAGAUGCGAGAUGUCAUUGUUAAGGAAACAAUGGAAGAGGUAGAUAAAAAUCAUGAUGGAUAUGUUGACCUUGAUGAGUACAUAAAGGAUUUGUGGACUCCAAAUUCUCCAAAUGAAGCAGAACCUGAAUGGGUUAAAACUGAAAGAGAAGAGUUUUCCAAGAGACGUGAUCUUAAUGGUGACGGUAAACUAGACGCAGAAGAAGUUAAAAAGUGGGUUGUGCCAGAAGAUUUUAAUCAUGUUCAGGCAGAAGUAACUCAUUUGUUCUCAGAAUCAGACGCUGAUCAGGAUGGGAAACUAAGCAAGAAUGAAAUACUGAAUCGUUAUGAUCUCUUUGUCGGCUCUCAAGCAACCAAUUUUGGAGAAAUCCUAACUAGUCAUGAUGAACUUUAA